UAUCUCUGCGAGUGCUGCACUAUAUGAGACGGACACUCGCCAUGCCUGUCAUAGCACAAAACCUCUAAAGCCUACAUUAUCUACAACAUGAAGAUGUGUCCGGCUGUUGCUCGGUCCUGUGUACUGGUUCUGAUAAUGGUUCUGCCGUACAGCUGGUGUGAACAGCCGGUAAACUGCAAGUGGGGACCUUAUGGGGACUGGUCAGAAUGUGACGGAUGUACCAAAACACAGGUUCAAAUACGUCAUAUAGAGACAUUCCCUCAGUUUGGUGGAAGUUCUUGUACAGGGGACGCCAUCAAGAGACAAAACUGCAUUCCUAAGAAAAGCUGUCCUUUAGAGGCCGGAUGUGGAAACAGGUUUCGUUGUACAUCUGGUCAAUGCAUCAGUGAAUCUCUGGUGUGCAAUGGGGAUCAUGACUGUGAGGAUGGUUUAGAUGAACAGCGAUGCAGCGGAUCUAUAGUGUGCAAUGAGAAAAAGCCACCGCCCAACUCUGACCUCACUGGAAGAGGAUUUGACGUGUUGACGGGUGAGCUGAAAGCUGGGGUCAUUAACACCCGGAGCUUCGGUGGCCUGUGCAGAAAACUGUUUAGCGGAGACCACAGAGAAUUCUUCAGACUUCCACAGAGUCUACUAAGAUAUACCUUUCAGGUCACUGUUGAAAAUGAUUUCAGUGAUGAGUAUUAUAACAGCUCCUGGUCGUACAUGAGGCACGAAGAGGAUAAAAAGAAAAUUAGAGGAGGGCAUGAUCAUAAGACCUUUCAUAAUGAACUCAAGCAGGAUAAGGCAUAUCACCUGCUGAUCAUUAAGAAUGAUGUAGAGGUGGGUCAGUUCCAGAACAAUGCUCCUCAAUAUCUGCCUCUAUCUGAAGAUUUCUGGAAGGAUCUAUCUGCCCUUCCCAGCACAUACGACCCAGCAAUCUAUCGAUCAUUUCUACAGCGCUAUGGUACCCACUACAUGGAAGAAGGAACACUAGGUGGCCAGUAUCGGGCCUUGCUGGAGUUGGAUGCAAACUUUAUGAAGGAGAUGAGUAGAACAGAUAUUAAUUUUCACCAGUGUAUCACACGUGUGAAGCGACGCCUCUUCUACAAGAAGAGAACAACCAAGUGUGUGAAACUGAUGGAAACAAUUCAGAAUCUCAAAGAAAACAGUAAUCAUCAGAUGGAACUAAAAACAGACAUUAUCGGAGGACAUACCGCAUACAUUGCUGGUCUUAGUCUCAUAGAUUUGGAGAAUCCUGAAAAUAACCAGCAGAUGUAUUCCAAAUGGGCAGGUUCAGUGAAGGACCUCCCUAAAGUGAUAAAACAGAAGUUGCGACCACUGUAUGAACUGGUGAAGGAGGUGCCAUGUGCAGGCUUGAAGAAACUUCACCUGAAGAGGGCACUAGAAGCCUAUUUGGAGGAGCAGAGCCCAUGUCACUGCAGACCUUGUCAUAACAACGGCAUGCCAGUGCUCACUGAAGGCCAGUGCACCUGUGUGUGUAAGCCGGGCACCAGUGGAAACGCCUGUCAGAACGGUCAUGUAAUUGGGGAACAACCAGGAGUGGUCGAAGGCGGCUGGUGUUGCUGGUCUGCCUGGAGUAGCUGCUCUCAGGGUCAGAGGUCGAGGACUCGUUUGUGUAAUAAUCCUGCUCCAAGAAAUGGAGGCAGACAUUGCAUGGGAGAAAGCACAGAGCAGAAACGCUGUGAGGACCCUGAUCUUGAACAUCUAAAAGUGAUGGACCCCCACUGCUUUGAUUCCUCUGUGACACCAGUGAAGUCAUGUAAAACUCCACCUCCUUUGAAAAAUGGAUUUGUUUUAGAUCCAAAAGACAUCUAUCCAGUGGGUUCUAAGAUUCAGUACACUUGUACAGGUGGAUACGAUCCCCUUGGGAAACUGAUCGCUGAGUGUACAGAGAACCUGUCCUGGAAAACGUUUUCAAUGGAGUGCAAAAAGUCUGCUUGUGACCCUCCACCCGUUCUGAGCAAUGUCAUUGCCACACCCUCAAAACAAACAUAUCUGAUUGGGGAGAGUUUAUCCCUGUCAUGCCCACCUGGAAUGCAGCGAGAAGGGGAACCUGAAGUUCUAUGCCGCCUUGGCCUCCGCUGGCAUCCUUCACCUGAGAGUAUCAAAUGUAGACCAGUCCCCACAGUGCCCACCCAAUCGAGUCUAAUCUGCAAACCAUGGGAAAGACUGGUAAAGGGUCAGUGUGUUUGCAAAAUGCCAUAUGAAUGCAAGGCAUCAUUCCAGGUUUGUGCCUCUAUACGUCCUGGUCGGGUUAACAGAAUGAGCGUCUGCCAGCUUGGAGCUUUGCAGUGUCUGGGACAAAAGGUCUCUCUGCUACAGGACAGCACAUGCAGUUGGCCAGAAACCAAAUUCACAUCCUGUCAAGACUGCAAUGAAUGGGAAACAUGUGACGGUCUCAAAUGUGAAUGUAACGACCCAGAAGAUUGUGUUGAUGACUCCGCCCACCUGUGUGUAUCUCUAAUGGGCGGGGCUGGUGAGAUGAUCUCAGAGUGCGAGGCGGGAGCUUGGAGGUGCAGAGGGCAACAGAUCACUGUCCUCAACAUUGGACCCUGUCAGACAUAAAGACUUUCCAUCAUUAGUGCCUUUCAUGCAAUGUUUUUAUUGCAAGUUAUAUAUGUUGUUAUACAAGAUGUAAUAUAAUGAUGUCACAUUCUUAGCUUUUUUAUAAAAAUAUUGAGAUUUAAAUCAUAUUUAUAGUGGUUCCUACAUUGUGAUUACUAUAUCUUAUGUAGCUGAUACUAUAUUAUACUACAGCUAAAUUGUCAAUAAACAAUUAAAAACCAAA